GCUUGUCAUUCUGUAAUCCGUACUGUGGCUGCAGUAGUCCGUUGUCCAUCAGCAACGUAUUUGGCGUCUCCACAACUAGAAUUGUAGGUCUGGUAGGCAAACGUCCUCCUGACCUGAGAGUCGCAGUUCGUAAGUUGGCACGUCACUAUGCCAACGACGUGAACGCAGACUUGUGAACAUACGAAGCUGUAACUCCUUAGGUCCAUUGCCAAUAAUAACCUUGUAGACUGGCUUAGCCAGCCGCACCUCAGAAUGCAGCCAAUGCAGCCCGCCGGCGAGUUUGACCUUCACCGGAUAUCACCUAAAUCAGGCCCGGGCGGACCUCCCCAACGACCAGGGCAAUUCCGCGGAGGCGGUCGCAACCGGGGGUCGAACCCGGGACCUCUCGGCGGAGGAGGAAUUCCGGCGAUCGUAAUCCCGGGAAUCGGCCAACUACCUCCGAUCCCGCCACGCGUCAUCAAAUUCAUCCGCAAAUUCGGACCAUUGAUCUUGAUCAUCACGCUGCUGUUCGCCGUCCAAUACCUCCUCGUGUCGAUCUACAUGAACGUGCGGCGAAUCAAAUCCGACGUGAAGGAACAGUGCGCGUCGCUCCAGGCGGAUCUUAACCUCACGGCGUGGGGGCACAUGGAGGGGGUCAGGAACGAGAACUGGCAGCAGCACCGCAUGGUGGGACGUGGCACGUACGGAUUGGUCCAGUGGUCGGCGUAUCGCAUCCAGGAAGGCGUGGUAGUCGGCGUAGGGUUCGGCGCGACGCUGCUGCGAUCGCACAGGAAGAUCACAUCCUGCACGUGGCACGGGGCAGACGGUGUGACUAUACUAGGGGACCCCUCUCUGCACUACCCGCGGGACGAGCCCCACGAGCAGUACGAAACCAUCGUCAUCCGCUGCGACCUGCGCGGCAAGGUGGUUACCAACCUCGGUGGUUACCUCGUCGUCGGGAUCGACAACGAGCAUAUAAUUCUUUAUAGGGAGGAUCGGGACUCCCCGACCCACUCGCUCCUAUCCUCCACCCACCCGUACGGAGCCUCCUUCUGCACGUACCCGAUGGCCGACCCUGUGGACGGCGCGAGGCUCCGCGAUUGGCUGCACGUGCACCGAGCUUACGGGGCGGAGCACGUGGUUGGGUAUGACGCGGGCGGCGUGGACCGGGCGGCGCUGCAGGAGGUGAAGGGGUUUCUGGACGAUAGGUUUCUGGAGGUGCUGCCGAUGCGCGACGUGGUGCACUUCCGGGUGCAGGCACAGGGGAAGCUCAUGGCGAUGCAUGACUGCCUUUACCGCUCCACGCUCACCUCCUCAUGGGUGGUGUUCCUUGAUUGGGAUGACAUCUUCCACAUCAUCUCGCCGCCAUCCCUCUCGGAGCUCCUCUCCCAGCAUCGCAACGUGCCCUGGCUCACUUAUGGCUGCCAAGUGUGGGGCACGAAACUGUGCAUGGGGACAAAGGUCAGCAGCCGCACCAAGGGCCUGAUGCCGCAGGAGAGGAUGACGUGGCACUGGCCGCACUUCCUGUGCUCUGAAGGCGACCCUCCUGUGGACGCCAACUUCUGCCCGGGGACCAGGGGGCACCGAUACAUCAUGGCUAACACGGCUAAGGUAUUCCUGAUGGGGGAGAGUGAGGUGGUGGACCCAAGAACUGGUGGGGUUGAUCUUUCUGUUGAGUCAGUGCGGCACGAGCGGUUUGAGAACAUACACAAGAGGGGCGCGGACCGGGACUGGUGCUCGGAGGUGUAUAGUGAGAAGGAUAGUGUGGAGUGGUGGGUGAAGGAUGGCAAGAUGCAGACACGGCUGGAGGUCAUUCGCAAAAAGGUAUAUGCGAAAGAGUCAAGAUGAGGGGCGUAAGUGGGGGGUCUGUGGGGAAGGGAGACGCAAGGGGAAGUAGGGACAGACAGGAGCUGGUGCUCGGAGGUGUCUAGUGAGACGGCUAUCGAGGAGUGGUGGGUGAAGGACGGGAAGAUGCAGUCACGGCUGGAGGUGAUGAGGAAGAGGGGAGGAGAGGGGGGGGAGUUGGGAGGCGGGGAGGGGAGGGGGGCCAAGGGCUGGUGCCUGGAGGUUUACAGUGAGAGUGGUGAGUGAAGGAUGGGAGGAUGCCGACACGGCUGGAGGUGAUGAGGAAGAAGGUGUGUGCCAAAGAGUCGAGAAGAGGGGAGGAGAGGGGGGGGGGGGGAGAGAAGGGGGUGGGGGGGUGCUGUCCUUUGGGUCAACUCAAGGGUCACCUUGGCUGGAGGUGAUCAGGAAGAGGGUGAGAUGAGAUGUGGGGGGGAGGGGGGGGGGGCAGAGGGUCACCCCAGCUGGAGGUCACUCGCAAGGUGUAUGUAUGCCAAGGAGCUGAGAUGCGGGGAGGAGGAGAGGUUCAGUUGACGAGUGUUGUGGGCUAACAAGUAGUAAUUACAUAAAUGCAGUGUGUGAGGUGCUCCAGGAGAGCUUCAGAAGCGGCCUGCCACCACUGUGCCACGGCCUUGGUUGGGUUGUGAGGGUGCACUGUGUGUGGUGUGGCGCGAUUGCCACCACUGGUGUGUGAGCCUUCACUUGAUCAAUGCAAUCUUGGUUUUGCACCACUUAAUAGUGAUGAUUUCUGUUCCCUAUGGGAUGUUUUGGUGAACCGGGAAGACAUUAUGUCUCCAUGCAAUAGGA